AUGUCGCAACAACCGAACGAACCUCCGACACGAUCCUCGACGUCUUAUGAGGGAACCCAAAACCGGUCACUUGGAAACAGCUCACCAUAUCUCCGAUCCGAUGGAGACACAGGUCAGCCAACCACGCCACAAACGAACGAUGGCCGACCAAGCGGGGAACUGGAGGGUACUACAUUGGGCAGCGGUUCUCGUGACGGAGACAGAAGGACACAAACUCAGAGGAGGGCCCAAAGCUCUGGUGGAUUCUUGCUUGACUCGUUUCCCAGCUCGAGGGGCUCAAGAAUGAGCCUGCACCGCCCUCGUCCAUCGGAACCAGCCCAGGAAAAGCGCCGUGUCCCAGAGCCGGAAAUCGUGGUUCCCAAGAAACGCUCUCGAUUUCCGUGGAGCCGACACAAACACAAUGCUUCCGAGCCGGUAGAUGCAGAGAAGACGAGCCCGACCAAUGCUCGACAAGCAUCUACGCCCUCCGAUAAGCAGCCCUCUAGAAAUUCCUCGCAGCCCGAGGUGCACAAGGAUAGCGCUGAGCAGCCAACCCCGGGCCUUGAUCGGGACUCACUCCAAAUUGUCAACCUUGCGUUGAAUCUGAACGAAUCUCGAAGGAGAACAGCUUCCGGCAUCCCUCCAGGUCCUGGCCGGAGGCCAAUAUCUGUUUCUCAACCUGCUGCUCCGCCAGCAGAUAGCUAUGCGCAUCCUCCACGAGCAGGGAAUUUUCAACGUGACUCGGCAUAUCGCAAUUUUACACAAAUUCCCGGUGACCGCAUGUCGCAGGGGACGCUACCGACCAUAGAACAGUCAUCUGUUGUAGAUUUGCUGCCUCCCGGUGCGGUUGAGGACCAAAGAGCAUACGAUUUCUCCGAGAGUACCUUGAUCCGGGCUCAAAAAGCUCGCAAUCAUUUUGAUCUCUUUCAUGAAUAUAUGCGGCUCCUUCCUCUACUACCCCCACUUCGAGAGACAGUCAAGGAUGGAUCGACAGAGUCUUCAAGGUCUCAGCAUCGUUAUCGCGGCUACAACCCGCUUCAAACGAUUCGGAAUCGGAAGGUCAGGUAUCGUGAGAAAUGUACUAUUGAUGCAGACGCCGAAGGGUGGCACGACGCGGAAAGGGUCCAUCAUUGGAUUGAUGCCGUCGAGCAAAAAUACAGCCAACCCGAACACGAUCAAUUCGAUUGCUUGAAGUUGCCACCUCUCAAGCAAGGUCUCCGCCAUUCAUUUAUUGGAGAGCAUGAAGACAUGAACACGAUGGCUACCUCACCCCCGGCGAGCUUGCGACGUGUCAGCCGAACUAGCAGCACGAAAGCGCGUCGGCCCAGAAUUGAUUGGACAAUGUCUCCCGCAGAGCUUUUGGCCGAUGCUGCGUGGCUCGAAGAGGGUACCAAUAAGACAAAAGUGGUUGACAAAGAUGGCUUCAAACUAUACCCUGAUCCUACAGAAUUGGUCAUCUUGAACACGCGUGAUGAUUCUGCGACCCCAUAUAAGCAACGCCUUUCAACAGAAGUGGGAGACCGUGGCGAGGUAAACUCUUCACCACGAACAUCUCUUUCGAGCACUCAUCCUGCGAUGGCGCAUGAAUUCAAAAGCGUGGGCCGUGGGCGACACAGACAUCGGUUACGAAGUCAUUCUCACAGCCUGCGCAGUCGGAGCGGCUCCAGCGCCAGGAAACCGUCCCGAUGGGAUAAAGUCAAAAUGCGCUCUGGCAGUGUUUCGAGCUCUUCAAGCUCGGAAUCACGGCCUUCUCUUGAUGAAAGGCCCCGCAUGUCCCGCGAGCACCUCCGCGAGCAUGUCCAGCGAUUUGUAGACCAUGCACAAUCUUCAAGCUCUCGGAUAUCUCGCGCCAAAUCCCCUGCUAUCCGGCACGCCGAGCCUGAUCGGGGAAGGACACCUCAGCCAUCUGAGCCAUUGGCACUCAACACGGCGCAAAAUUUCAAGCACAGAAGGGCUUCGGUUUCAUCGGCAGGCAGUACGGAUGGCCGAUUCGAUCCUCGAAUGUCGGUGGAGGGAAUGGACAGUACAGCGCCCAAUUCUCCGGUCCAUGUCGGCUACUUCCCCAGUAUAGCGGUGAAUUUGUCGCCCCCCUCUAGUCGGUCACCCUCGCCCACGAAGAAAAGGUUGCGCCACAAGAUCGUCUCGCGCCACGAGCGGAGCAAAAGUAAACAGGCAUAUCGAGAACGUGAAGAUGAUGUCGCAGCCCCUGAGGCUCUACAUCAUGUACCCCCGCUUUCUCCCGGUUGGCAUGAAGGCACUCCUAGGCUUGAGCCAAGCCCUCUUCCUGAUGCCGUCUACCCAUCCCAUCAAGAUGAACAGGCCACGCCAGAAGGCAGCCGGACAGACGGACACCGAUCCCGCAAGAGCGCUCAUCUUGCCGAAUCAAAGCUACGGGGGAUAUUCAAGGGCCCUGGUCGGAUUGCAGAGAUUGUGGGUAAUGAGGUGUCUAAAGUCGGAGACCUCAUUUUGAAAAAAGACGCAGAUCCCGAAUCUCGCAAGUCCUCAUCUGCCACUACCUUUGCUUCCGAUGAUAGUGAUUCAGAUGAGGAACCUAGAAGUGACAAGAAAACUAGGGAAUCCGAGAAGAACUCAUCACGGAACUAUGUUUCCUCAUUGCCGAGUUUCACCUCGCCUCUGCGACAGGAUGAGCGAUAUUUGACUUCUGACCAGGGCAAAUUCAAUCAGUCUCGCGAACAACAGACCCCUUCACGAAAGUAUGAUACCCGUGAGCCUUCCAAGAAGUUUGCUUUCCCGCGCAGUAAGACACUGGAUUUCAGUCCUUCUCUGCAAACAGUGCGCCAGAAGCGCCACGAGAUCAAAGACCCUUCCGUUCCCUUCAGCCUGACACGGCCUCCUGUCACUGGACUCGCCAAAGCUCGGGCAUCACCUGGAAUCUCACCCGAGGGGAGACGCUCCGGGCUCUCGGGCGCGAGUCGCGCUUGGAGUAUUUCCGGUCGCAGUCUUCAUACCCUGACUGACACCGGGAUACCUGCGAAAUCCGAAAUCGAGCGCACACGGGCUCUGCUUUUGUCAUCGGGCAUCAAAGCCCGUGAAAUAACACGGAGAGCCCACACAACUCGUGAACCAGCUCCACACUGGCUUCAGAACUCUUUAGGAUCAAGUCCAUCUAUACCCAAAGUGACGCGCAUCAAUGAGUUUGAUCUCGCUGCUCAAAAUCUGCUCCAUCGGUUUGAAAUGACCCAAUAUUCAUUCCAACAAUCCAUGCAUCAAUUCUCCAGCACUACAUCAUCGCCUCUCCGAUCUCAGAUCAAGCAGCUGGAGACACUGGUAAACCAAUCACUUGCUCCUCGUAUGAGGGCUACCGCAAAUGAUGCCGAGGACAUGUGCGUUCAGCUCAACACUACGAGCACUCUCGCUGUCAAGCAGCUCAGUGAUGCUCUGGACAAGGGUGUUCGCAAGCGUCGCCGCCGCUUGAGAUGGAUUCGCCGAACUGGUUUCAUGGUUCUGGAAUGGGCUCUCGUCGCUAUGCUUUGGUGGGUGUGGCUGAUUGUCAUGGCCUUCAAGCUUGUGCGUGGUGUUUUCCGAGGUUUCUUUUCCGGUGUACGCUGGGUUUUGUGGCUGUAA